UUAUUUUACCAGUUUGACCAGAAGACGUUGAUGCAUAGCUCAGACAAAUAGUUAAACUUGUGCAAAUUCAUUUAAAUCUGAAAAGCACGGCGCGAUUGCAUACCACCAUGCGUACGCCAGCAGUCAUGAUUAUCGGGAUCGUUCUGGCCUCCUGCGGGUUGGUAUUGGAUCUCGUCUCUACUGUAGCCCCGAAGUGGAGGGAGGUGAGGAACAUUCUGGGUGCAGCACAAGAUGAGGUGCUACAACAGGGAAUCUGGGAUAUCUGUCAAGCGUUUGAUGCUUCCCGUACUCUCAGAUGUGGCCAAACAGAUGAAAACUACUUUAAGGAACAAGUCGUUACCUCAGCCAAGGGUCUAAUGAUUGCCUCUUUAAUCGUAACCAUGGCAGGGAUUGUGGUAGCGUCCCUAGGGAUCAGGUGUUGGGAAGAAACGCCGAACCUGUUGGUGGCUGGAUUGGGAGGGAUCUUGAUCAUCAUUUCAGGUAUCUUGUGUAUUAUUCCAGUCGCUUGGUACACAAGCCUUCUGAACUCAAUAAAAGCGUCGGGCUCUGAUAUUCGUGUGGGGUACUGCAUAGUCCUGGGAUAUAUCGGCAGCUGUUUCAUGUUCGUCGGUGGCGGAGCCUUGACUGUCUGUUUGUUCCAGCUGUGUCUCCGUAAAAAAGAGAUGCCACCUAACAGCUACUUAAACAAACAUUAUAAUUACCCAACUUCACCCAGGUCCUUCAUAAAUACCGUUGAUGUGCAUGAUUUUAUCAGGCACCAGCAGCCUGCUCACUUCCCAUCAGCUAGUGCGCCCAGAAUAUCGACCGAUGUUUGCGAUUUUACUGGGCGACACGCACAGGUUGCAACCCAACAAACAAUUGCUACCGACUUCAGCACAAAUCAACUAUUUUAUGCAGAUUUCUAA